GAAAAAUGAGAUGGGUAAAAAAAAACCCAAUUAAAUUCGAACGCCACUAGUUGUGGAUAAAGUUGGCUACUUUUUGUCUUGUAAUGAAUAUUUUAUGCGCAUUAUUGCAUACAUACACUGUCAUCAUGGUAAUGUUCUCGUCUUCCAUUUAGAUCUCAAAGUCUUUAACUUUCAUACCCAAAAUAGGAAGAAGAGGUCGGUCAUCAAAACCACACUUCACAACUCUGAAGCUCCUCGAAGAUCUUUCUCCUCAAGUUCCCAAGCUUGCUCAAAGAUCUACUUUAAGUUCUGAGAGUGGAGUUUUAGCUGAUUUUGUGGUCUUGAUCUCUCUGGUCAUAAGCAUGUCGACAAACAAAAAGACUAUAGUUUGGUUCAGAAGGGACCUAAGGAUUGAGGAUAACCCUGCAUUAGCAGCAGCUGCUCACGAAGGAUCCGUUUUCCCUGUUUUCAUCUGGUGUCCUGAAGAAGAAGGACAGUUUUAUCCAGGAAGGGCUUCUAGAUGGUGGAUGAAACAAUCACUUGCUCACUUGACUCAAUCCUUGAAAGCUCUUGGAUCUGAGCUCACUUUAAUCAAAACUCAUAACACCGUUUCAGCUAUCUUGGACUGUGUUCGAGCAACCGGUGCUACUAAAGUCGUCUUUAAUCACCUCUAUGAUCCUGUUUCGCUGGUUCGGGACCAUACCGUGAAGGAGAAGCUUGUGGAACGUGGGAUCGCUGUGCAAAGCUACAAUGGUGAUCUGUUGUAUGAGCCGUGGGAGAUUUACUGUGAAAAGGGAAAACCUUUUACUAAUUUUAACUCUUACUGGAAGAAAUGUUUAGACAUGUCUGUUGAAUCCGUUGUGCUUCCUCCUCCUUGGCGCUUGAUUCCUCUCACUGCAGGUAAAGAGCAUCUAAACAUUUUCAAUUUUAAGGACACAACAGUUGUAAAAAAAGGUGUUUUCUUCUUUGUGUUAGCAGCUGAAACGGUUUGGGCGUGUUCACUCGAAGAGCUAGGACUAGAAAACGAGGCAGAGAAGCCGAGCAACGCGUUGCUAACUAGAGCUUGGUCUCCAGGGUGGAGCAAUGCUGAUAAGAUACUAACCGAGUUCAUCGAGAAGCAGCUCAUAGACUACGCAAAGAACAGCAAGAAAGUCGUUGGCAACUCAACCUCGCUGCUCUCUCCCUAUCUCCACUUCGGGGAAAUAAGCGUCAGGCGCGUGUUCCAAUGCGCCAGGAUGAAACAAAUCAUAUGGGCGAGAGACAAGAACGGCCAAGGAGAAGAAAGUGCUGUUCUUUUCCUCAGAGGGAUCGGUCUAAGAGACUACUCUCGUUACAUAUGUUUCAACUUCCCUUUCACUCACGAGCAGUCUUUGCUGAGUCAUCUCCGUUUCUUCCCUUGGGAUGCUGAUGUUGAGAAGUUCAAGGCGUGGAGACAAGGGAGGACUGGGUAUCCGUUGGUGGAUGCUGGGAUGAGAGAGCUUUGGGCUACUGGAUGGAUGCAUAACAGGAUAAGAGUGAUUGUUUCGAGCUUCGCUGUGAAGUUUCUUCUUCUUCCGUGGAAGUGGGGGAUGAAGUAUUUUUGGGAUACUCUUUUGGAUGCUGAUUUGGAGUGUGACAUCAUAGGAUGGCAGUAUAUCUCCGGGAGCUUGCCUGAUGGCCACGAGCUUGAUCGCUUGGACAAUCCCGCGAUACAAGGCGCAAAGUAUGACCCGGAAGGAGAGUACAUAAGGCAAUGGCUACCCGAGCUCGCGAGGUUACCAACUGAAUGGAUCCAUCAUCCAUGGGACGCUCCAUUAACAAUACUCAAAGCCUCUGGUGUGGAACUCGGAACUAACUACGCCAAACCCAUUGUAGACAUCGACACAGCUCGUGAGCUGCUAACCAAAGCCAUAUCAAGAACUCGUGAAGCACAGAUCAUGAUCGGAGCAGCGCCUGAUGAGAUUGUAGCUGAUAGCUUCGAGGCCUUAGAGGCUGCUAAUACCGUUAAAGAACAUGGUCUUUGCCCGUCUUCUAAUGACCAGCAAGUACCAUCGGAUGUUCGUUACAGUGGGUCAAAGAGAGUGAAGCCCGCUGAAGAAGAAGAAGAGGAAGAGAGAGAAAUGAAGAAACUUAGAGGAUUCAAUGAAGUUAUUAGAGAAGAAGAAGAAAGGGGUUUGUUUUCUACUGCUGAGUCUUCUUCUUCUUCGAGUGUUAGGAGUGUGUUCAUGGUUUCUCAUUCUUGCUCCCUGGUGUCAGAAGGGAAGAACUUGGAAGGUAUUCAAGAUUCUUCUGAUCAGAUUGCUACAAGUUUGGGGAAAAAUGGUUAGAAAAUGAUCAAAAUAAAGCUUUAAUGUUAUUCUCUCUGUUAUAAUAAUUACUAUAAAACCUAACAUGUAGAAGUAAGAAUGUGUGUCUCUUGACUCUUUGCUCCUUGUGAUGAUGCUCCUAUGAACAAGAUGGAAUAAGCUUGUUUUAUAUUUGCUGAUAGAUGUAUGGAUACUACUAAUGAAUAAAGAUAUUUCUAUAAA